UCCCUGUCCCCGCCCCGCCGCCGGCUCGCUCCACUCCCACUUCCUGAGCCCCGCGGCUGGAGCCCUGGAGGCCAGGCCGCUCCUGGCCCCCAGGGGCACGUCGGCCCCGAGUCCCGUCCCGGCCCCUGGGCUCGGGACGCUGCCGACCGCACUGCCCAGGCCGCCGCGGCCUCGCGCCUCCCUCCCGGGCCUCCACCCGCCCGGCCGCCAUGCGCCUGCCUUGGGCCGCCUCUCCCCGCGGCCUGGCCUGGGGGCCCCUGGCGCUGGGCCUCUGCGGGCUCCUGGCGGUGUCCCAGCCCCGACUGGUGCCCCCGUACCGUGCGGAGAACCAAACCUGCCAGGACCAGGAGAAGGAGUACUACGAGCCCAAGCACCGGGUCUGCUGUUCCCGCUGCCCCCCAGGCACAUACAUCACAACCGAAUGCAGCCGCAGCCAGGACACGGUUUGUUCUGACUGUGCCGAAAAUUCCUACAAUGAGCACUGGAACCACCUCCUCAAUUGCCAGCUGUGCCGCCCCUGUGACGAGGUGCUGGGCCUCAGGGAGACCGCGCCUUGCACUACAAAGCAGAAAACACAGUGCCACUGCCAGCCAGGAAUGUUCUGUGCCCACUGGGACCAGGAGUGUGUGUUCUGCGAGUCACUCUUUAGCUGCCCACCUGGCACAGAAGCGGAGCUUGAAGGUAAAGUCGAGGAGGCUAACAACUGUGUUCCCUGCAAGGCAGGGCACUUCCAGAACACCUCCUCCUCCGGCGCCCGCUGCCAGCCCCACACAAGGUGUGAGGCUCAGGGCCUGGUGGAGGCAACUCCAGGCACCGCCCAGUCUGACGCCAGCUGCAGAAAUCCGCUGGAGCCGCUGCCCCCCGAGAUGCCAGGAACGAUGUUGGUGCUGGCCGUCCUGCUGCCGCUGCUCUCCCUCCUGCUCCUUACCACUGUCCUCGCCUGCACCUGGAAGAGCCACCCCCCACUCUGCAGAAAGCUGGGAUUCCUGCUCAAGAGGCAUCCUGAGGGAGAGGAUCCAAACACUGCUGCAAGCUGGGAAGCUCCAAGGCCCAACCCCCCUUUCCCUGAUCUGGUAGAGCCACUUCUGCCCAGACCUGGAGACUUGGCCCCAGUCUCUGCCAGCAUCCCAGCAGGCCCCAUUUUGGAGGAAGAAGUGCCACAACAGCAGAGUCCUGUUGGCCAGGCCAGGGAGCUGGAGGCUGAGUUCGGGGAGCAGGGCCAGGUGGCCCAUGGUACCAACGGCAUUCACGUCACCGGCGGGUCAGUGACUGUCACCGGCAACAUCUACAUCUACAAUGGGCCUGUUCUAGGGGGAGCACAGGGCCCUGGAGACCCCCCUGCUCCCCCAGACCCUCCAUACCCCAUUCCUGAAGAGGGUGCCCCUGGCCCUCCUGGCCUCUCAACACCUCACCAGGAAGAUGGCAAAGCUUGGCACCUGGCUGAAACAGAGACCCUGGGGUAUCACGCCAUCUAGCAGGGAGCCCAGGAGACACUCUGUCACCCAUGCCUGGUGAUGUCUGGGAAAAGCAAGGAGAAGGGAAGCACUGUGGCACCUUCUCCCCUGGGGCUGCCCUAGGCACUCAGGAUCCAUGGGGGACCUGGGUAGGGCCACCAAGGGACAGAGUCCUAAGGGGCCGGGCCUCAGAGCCCCUGCCCAGAGCAGCGCUGGGCACUGGCUGGGUUCAGUACCCUCCGCAGGACUCUCACUGCGGCCUGAGCAAACCCAAGACCUCACUGCAGCCCUGCCUGCCCACUGGGCUGCACCAGCUCAGCUUGACCGGGCACAUGGUGUCAACUGCUGCCCACCCUGCCACUGUCUGCCCUGACUGUGGCCCAGAAGCCGUCACCGGGACCUCUAAGGGCUUCGUGGUGCUCACCCCCAAGCUUCAGAGGCCCUGCGAGGGCCCACACUUCACAUGGACGGAGGUAGAUCUCAUACGGACAUAAGGUUAUGUGGAAGACUCCCCACCCACCCCCACACACCUCCUGGAGGAGAGGAGAGGGGAUCCUUAAAGAACAGGGAUUUGGGGAUGAGGUUUGUAAAGGGAAGAAAAUGGCAAGUGUAUUUAAAAUUGUAACCACAUGCAAAUAAAAGAGGAAAUUGCGACCCAGAAAA